GAUGCGGCGUCUGUUUGUGGCUCACACAUGUUAGCUAGCCUGUUAGCAUCGCCUCAGUAAACAGUCGGCCAGCUGGUUGGCGUCAUUUUAACCAUUUAUAAAGGUGAUGUACAUAGUAAGACAAUUAAGAAUCACAUCUACAGUCCUGCGUUGGUGUUUUUGCCCCAAGCUGGGGUACGUUUCUUCCACCUGAAUGCAACAAUGUUAGCUUGCAGUUAGCAUACCUGUCAGGCUCUCCACUUCUGUUUUUCAUCAGCACCCACAUGAAUAAUUGUUGAUUGCUGGAUCAUGAAGGUAAAUAAACCCAAACAGGUCAAGGGCCAAGGUAAAUCUCUGAAAUGGAAGGAUGUGAGGGGCAAAAGGUGCCGGCCGCCUAUCAGUUCAUCAGAGCUCAACUCCAGUCCUGUAAUGGCCAGAAUGGCGAAAGAGCACCAGGCGUCUGUGAAGAAAAAGCCAAACGUCAAAAGAUUGAAGAAUAAGGCAAAGCCUGUUUCUGACUCGAAGAAAAAAAAACCUCAGUCUGUAGCAAAGAAAUCUAACGUGCAGGCUAAUGGAAGUUCGGCGUUUACAAUAGACGACGAGUCAAAUGACUCACAGGACUGGAAGGAGUAUUCCAAGUCCAUUCAUGGCAACGGUGUGGAGACCUCAGCUGACAUGGAAGAUGUAAGCCAAGGUAGACUGGAGGGAGAUUCUCUCCAUUACUGUGCAGAGAGAGAUGAUCGACAAAACCUUGCAGUCCUUGUCAUGCAGAAGAAUCAGACCUUGUGUUUCCGUGGGAAAUGCCUUUUGACCUGUCUGUACGGUCGAGUAGAAGUGAUGGGAUUCACCAUUGAAGAAGGCCAGCAGUCAUAUCCACUCUUCUCCCCAGCCUCGCAUUGUCCACUGACCAUUAGAGCUCUGGAAAGCUCUGACCAGACCAGAGAUGAUAAAAUGGAGGCUGCACCCAUUCUUCAAAAGUAUCUGCAACUAGCAUCAUGGAAGAAAUUGCAAAAGAAGAUUACGACAAACUCAUCCAUCAUCCUACUGGAGCCCAUGGAGACGCCUCUGACACGCUUUCUGUCAAGCUUCACAGAUCUCAGUGAAUUGUUCAGCCCACCGAUAAGUGAACUCAUGUCAGCUGUUCUGGAUACUCCACUCAAUGGUCUUGGUAUGAUUCCCCUGGGCACAGCCAUCGAUGGCCUAAAAAUGUCGAAGACGUACAGAAAUGCUCUUAACAUGGUUGUCAGCGCAUGCAGAGGAAACAUGGAUGGUUGUGCAGUCAUCCUUGUUUGUGGUACCAAGAAUGUGGGCAAGUCAACAUUUAUCCGCACCCUCAUCAAUAACUUACUAAAUCACACUGCUAGUGUAGAUUAUUUGGAAGGUGACCUCGGUCAAACAGAGUUCACUCCCCCUGGUUGCCUGUCUUUGUCAACUGUCAGAAGACCACUUCUGGGUCCUCCUUUCACACAUCAGUGCACACCUGAGCACAUGAUCUACUAUGGUCAUUCGUCAUGCGAGACAGACUUGGAACGCUACCUGGAAUCUCUUAAAUCCUUGUGGCGUAGACGGUCCCAGAGCACAGAGACUCCCGUCAUCAUCAACACCAUGGGCUGGAUCAAAGGAUUUGGAUUUCAGCUGCUAGUGGACAUGAUCCGCUUCUUCCCGGUCACACAUGUCGUCCAGCUCGGUCAUAGCGGCAUCACCCAGUGUCCCGCCCUCACUCCAGAGUUUCUGAGGACGGCACACGGCUACCAAACGCACCCACCUGCCCAGACCGCUCUGGAAGAGUUCACAAAGAGCCAAAAUCCCCCAAGAAGUUACACUCACCUUAUUGUACAAUCAGAGUUUCAAGGAGUGGGGCGCCAAGGAACAGCAAAACACCAGCGCACUAAUGAGCACAGAGAGCUGUCAUUGCUGGCCUACCUGAGUCAGCUGCAGUCUCCUGACCCCGGACCAGUUAGACCUCUACACAGCCUCACCCCAUACCAGGUGCCCCACACAGCAGUGGCUUUAGGUGCGAUCCAUUGUGAGGUUGUACCGAGUCACAUGUUUUAUGCUGCCAAUGCUACUCUGGUGGGACUCUGCUGCCUCGGGGAGAAGGUCACAAGCAGGGGAGGCCCAGUCCUGCUGUCCCAGGCUCCCAUCUGCCCAUGUGUGGGCUUCGGUGUGCUCCGAGGUAUCGACAUGGUGCGAGGUCUGUACUUUUUGCUGACGCCUGUAGAUCCCUCCAUCCUUCGUAAGGUCAAUUGUCUCCUCUUGGGUGCGAUAUCGCUGCCUGCCUGCAUCCUCACAACACAGCCUGGCUUUGAAGGAGAGAUGCCCUAUGUCACUACAGACUACAGUUUUGAUCUCACUGGUGCAGGAAAGCUGCGAGUCUUUAAGGGCCUGACAAGACCCAGUCAAAUGGGGGCACAGUGACAUUUUCUACACAGCAUUGCCCUUUACUCUUGUCUGGUGUCUCACACCAAACCAGUGAGAAUUGGCCUUUGAAUGUACAGAACUGAGGUUGAGCUGGACAGUUUUUUUUAUGUCAAGAUUCAGUCUGACAGAACAGCCAGCAUCACAGACUGCAGGACGAGAUGGCUUACUUCAGGUUGCUGGACCUCCUACUGUACGUUUGUAUUUGAUGGGACUGUGAAGGAGUUUCUGCGUUUUCUGUCACAUGAACAAUUAUAUCACACUUUGUACUUACAGCUCUUCUUUGAUGUCUCGUCAUUGUGUAGUUAGCAUUCCAAAGCUGCAAAUGAAUACAAAAACCUGCCAGAUAUUAAAUGAGAAACACCUUUUGUUAAAACUUGUGGUUUUCUUGUUUUCAAGUUCUGUUUUAGACCAAUGUUUAUAUUUGUUUCAUAGUCAUGGAACCAUGUCGAUUUCAGCGAUGCAAUGGUACUAGAACCUUUUUCUCAUUGUGUGCAGUAUAGUGAUUCAGACAGUAGCCCUUUCAUUUGUGAAAAAUUGUAUUAUUGGAUAUAAUGCUCACUGCCAAGACAUUACAUGUUGGUUGUGCUUGAAUUCAGUCAAGUAAAGAACAGAACAGGGCAGGGCUGAGUUAAGCAGUGAACUUUGACCUGGCUUUUUGUCUGAAUUUGAAGCCCUUUUGUCAGUAUUGUGCUAUAAUCCCAGUGGGAGGUUUAAUGGAUAUGGCUCUAUUUUUAUUAACUGCUGUACAUUUGGUAUUGUGUUAUUAAAGGAACACAAAAGUGGUCCUGUAUUCUUAGGUCAUUCCGUGCGAUGUGAAAAUGCGACAUGUUUCCUUUUUCUUAUGAAGGCCCUUGUGGGAUAUAAAAGAUCAAAUUUAGGGACUAUUUGCUUUCUUGGUUCUACCUUUCAGACC